UAUGGCCAGUACCAACCAGAGUGCUUUUAUUUUGAAACGCAAAUUGCGACCCGGAAGUAAAUAAACCUCACGUGUUGGUGCGUGUAAAAAUGUCCACCGACGUUUCAGCGAAAAGAGCCAAAAUGAUGCCCUCCGAGCCUUCAGAGAGGACGGACUGGAAGAAAAGGAAGACAGAAAUAAAAGAGGCUAAGAAGCAAACGAAAGAGGCCAAGCUGAUCAAACAGUUGGACAAGCAGAAACGGAAAGAGUCAGCAGAGAGUGCAAAACAUGAACAAAGCCAAAACGAAAAAGGUCGGGCUUACACUGUGAGCGUGGCUCUGCCAGGUUCUGUCCUGGAUAACGCUCAGUCCACUGAACUUCGUACAUACCUGGCCGGACAGAUCGCCCGAGCCUGUGUCGUGUUCUGUGUCGAUGAGAUCGUUGUGUUUGAUGAAUACGGGGAAGAUGUCAAGAGCGUUGAAGGAGAAUUUAAAGGUGUUGGGAAGAAAGGACAUGCUUGUAUUCAGCUUGCCAGAAUACUUCAGUACCUGGAAUGUCCCCAGUAUCUGCGCAAGUGGUUUUUUCCAAAGCAUCAAGACUUACAGUAUGCAGGGUUGCUCAACCCUUUAGACAGUCCUCACCACAUGAGGAUAGACGAUGAAUCUGAAUACCGGGAGGGAAUUGUCCUCGACAGGCCGAUCGCACAAGGAAAAGGCUCGUUGGUCAACUGUGGAAUGAGAAAGGAUGUUCGGAUCGAUAAACAGCUGCAGUCUGGACUUCGAGUCACAGUGAAGCUCAAUAACACACAAAAUCAAGAGAGCAAAAUAUGUAAAGGUACGGUGGUGCCUCCUCACCUGCCCAGGACUGAAGGAGGUAUUUACUGGGGUUACAGUGUCCGUCUGGCAUCUUGUCUCAGUGCAGUUUUCACUGAGAGUCCGUAUGAAGAAGGAUACGAUCAGACUAUUGGAACAUCAGAGAAAGGCAGCAACAUGGACCAAACAACACUGUCACCAUUCAAGCAUCUUUUGGUGGUCUUUGGAGGUCUUCAGGGACUGGAGGCCAGUGUAGAUACUGACCAAAACCUGGAAGUGACUGACCCCAGUGUUUUAUUUGACCUUUACCUCAACACAUGCCCGGGUCAGGGCAGCAGGACCAUUCGUACAGAGGAAGCCAUCUUGGUUUCCAUGUCAGGGCUUAGACAGAAGAUCACAGCUGCUUUUUCAGAUGUUUCCAAUGGUUCAUUAGAGAAUAAGUGAUGAAGCUGUUCAUUUUCCAUAAUUACACCUUUGUAGCAUUGCUGACUGUUGAAAUAGCUGUUGUUACAAACAUAAAGUCUUAGUUCUGUAUGUCGGUGUUUGUAAAUGGUUUAACAAAUUGUACAUAUUUAAAUACAAAAACUAUCUACAGAUUUGCACUGACUCAUACCGUAUUUUUCAAAGCAUGUUUUUCUAUAAAUGGUACAGAACUGCUUGUGAUAAACGGCGUUAAGAUCGGCACAACAUGGACAAAAAAAUUGCACUGUAUAUUUUCAUCAAUAAAUACAAGACUACAGGCCUCUACAGCUUUC